CGACCCAUCACUAGAAAGCUGGCCAGAGUGCGGAGCAUAUCAGUUUAUUCAGCUAGAUUGUUGGAUCGCCCGUCUGUCGUUUCCAUCUUUAUAUCAAACAUAGACCGAAUUAAAUAAUGAGCAAAUCUAGUUUUAAAUCAGGGGGUGUUGCGAGUACCGAGGCAGUGGAUAAAGUGGACAUGUCUUUAGAUGAUAUUAUCAUGCUAAAUAAGAAGCAGAAACAAAUGCAGACCCAGAAGACAAAGCGCAGGCCCCCUUUGAAAGGCGGCCUUACCCAAGGGAAGACAAAUGGGGCAAGAGCUGGUUUUCCAUUGAAAAGAGGAGGUGUUGUGAAUAAACGCUUCGCUCAAAACCGUAAACUUCUGCCCACUUCUGUGGCCAGACGUCGUGGCCAGGGGGUCAUCACUGGCUUGGCAGCGAGGAAGAAUGCUGCUCUGCUUAAAGGUAUCAGUCCACUCAAUCGACCUGCUCAGAACCGGACAAUGCUGAACCGACAGGGUGCCAACAGAUCAGCUUUGUACCAGAGAUCUCAGCCAUUUGUCCAACGGCGUGACAUGCAGCAGCGACAGAUGCAGCUCCAAAGGAGACCGAACAGGCAGAUGGAUUCCCAGAAACUCCAGGGCUUCGUUUCCCGCGGACCCUUUCGGCUUCAGAGGAAAUGGAACGCUCCCUCUGCUCCGCAAACUCAGAGAGACGCCCGCCAGGCCACCUUUCUUUUCAGAAGAGGACUUAAGGUUCAUGCACAGGUUCAAAAGACAAAGUCAGGCCCACCCACACAGAGAACUCGCUCGUGGCGCACUUCUACAAACAACUCUGGCAUCCUCACUGUGUCGAUAGACAACCCCUCAGCUCGAACACAACCCGAGCAUGCUCAGUCUUGGUCUCUGCGCCCCUUAACGUCAACACGCUUGUCACCUCAAUCUAAAGAAGAGUCAGAGAGGAAACCGCCUAAAGGUGUCGCCCUGCAGUUUGACAUCAACAGUGUUGGAAAACAGACUGGAAUGACCCUCAACGAACGGUUCCGCAUUCUGAAGGACCAAUGCGUGGCAGCAGCACAUCAGAGCAGCAAAGGAGGUCGAUUCGUCACUGUGGCCUAGAUCUGAACUCUGAGACGUUGGUCACAUGUCCCUCUAUUUCUGUUCUCGCACCAAUGCUACAGAAUGAAGCAGACAAACAAGGACCAGAGCUGAACUUGCACUGUUCAUGACUCAUUUCAAUGUAUUGAAGAGACUUUAUCAGAAAUCAGAUGUGCUGGUUUUCUGGAAGAGUUGGGGAAGUGGUUCACUUUUUUUUAAAUGCCUUCUGUUCUAUCCUCACAAAGCAAGUAAAACUGUUGUAUCUACAUUUGUUUAUAUUGUGUUGUCUUCUAAAUGGCCAUUUAUUUGACAGAGUCCUGUUUUUUUAUAUGCAUUGUAUUAUUGCAGCUAACAAUGACCUUUAAAGUUUUUGUCUCGGAAUUUAAAAUCCAUGUCUUUGUUUUUCCUAACACCCUUGUAUAAGCAGAUUGCAUUUUUGUACAGCGAAAAGACUGUUUUAAAGAUGUUUUAUAAUGUUUCAAUUAAAUGCAAUGUUAUGCAACAAAUGUUGGUUUUCAAAAUUUUGAUCCCAAACAGAUUCUUGUUAGAAAAUAGAAAUACACUAAAUAAAAUGCAAUACCUUAAAAUGUUUAAAACUAUUGAAAUGUUACUUAAUAUGUACACCAACAUUGUUUAAUUUGACACUACAUCUUAUCAUAUUUCUAAUACCAAUUAGGUGUUCUCCCUGUUCUUAGUACUGUACUGUAAUUGUAGACAUGAGUUUUGUUGUACUGCCUUGAAUUUAAGCAUAUUUAGUAAAGCAGAAAUUAAAUGGCACAGUCGAAAGUAAGACAAAUAGAUUCAACAUAGCAAAAAAUGAAGUUGAUAUGAAUAUUCAAAUAUUUCAUUUUUACUUCAUUUUUUAAUGAGCCUCACAAAGAAUUGCUACAAAAUCUGUUA